GUGAAGGAAAGAUUUCCUUCAAUUCUUUUCAAUACCCAGGAGUUGCUGCGCCACACAGGUGCCCAUAUAAUGGCAUUCAAUGGUAUAACCAUGACUGAAAUCAGCAACUGGAAAUGAUGCUCGGCGAACCAUUCCCGAUCUUUGGUCUCCUCGUUGUAGAGAAGACGACAUCGGGAGAUCUUCCCUGCUGUCACAGUUUCCUAAUCUGCCGAAGUUCGCUGGUGCAGACCGGGAGAAAGAGGAGGAAGAUGCUGCCACUGCUGGAGGCUGGCACCUCUCUGAUAGAAAAUGCCGUGGAAAGAGUGGUGGAGGGCAGCUUGACAUCUACUGUGUUGGUCACUUCAGCUUUUAUCUUGAGUGUGGCGUAUUUCUCUAAAAUGACUUUAAAACAGACCGAAAAUCAGAAGGGUGUGAAAUACCCACCUUAUAUUUAUUCCGGUAUUCCAUUUCUUGGACAUGCAAUUGCCUUUGGAAGAAGUCCAAUUGAAUUCUUAGAAAAUGCAUACUGUAAGUAUGGUCCAGUGUUUAGUUUUACAAUGGUUGGAAAGACAUUUACCUAUUUGCUGGGGAGUGACUCGGCAGCUUUGCUCUUCAACAGUAAAAACGAAGACUUGAAUGCUGAGGAUGUUUACUCCAGGCUGACAACACCAGUGUUUGGCAAAGGAGUUGCUUAUGAUGUCCCAAACCCUAUAUUCUUGGAACAAAAGAAGAUGCUCAAAACUGGUCUGAACAUUGCUCAAUUUAAACAGUACAUCUCUCUGAUUGAAGGGGAAACCCAUAAGUAUUUUAAACGCUGGGGUGAUAGCGGAGUUAAAAAUUUGUUUGAGGCUUUGUCAGAGCUGAUCAUUUUAACAGCUAGCAGUUGCUUACAUGGGAAAGAGAUACGAAACCUGCUGAAUGAACAGAUUGCACAGCUCUAUGCUGACCUCGAUGGUGGAUUUACCCAUGCUGCCUGGCUUCUUCCUGGUUGGUUACCUCUUCCCAGUUUUAGGCGGAGGGACAGAGCGCAUCGAGAAAUCAAGAAUAUCUUCUUUAAGGUAAUCCAGAAACGCAGGGGUUCAAGUGAGAAGGAGAAUGACAUAUUGCAGACCUUAUUGGAGGCCACCUACAAGGAUGGUACCCCUCUAACUGAUGAUGAAAUUGCAGGCUUGCUUAUUGGCCUGCUGUUGGCAGGGCAACAUACUUCCUCCACCACUACUGCCUGGAUGGGAUUUUUCUUGGCUAAAGACAAAGAGCUUCAGGAACGUUGCUAUGCAGAGCAGAAAACUGUGUGUGGAGAGGAUUUGCCACCACUACACUAUGAUCAGCUGAAGGACAUGAACUUGUUGGAUCGCUGUUUAAAAGAAACACUGAGGCUCCGUCCUCCAAUAAUGACAAUGAUGAGAAUGGCAAGAACACCACAAACUGUAGCUGGUUACACUAUUCCUCCUGGUCACCAAGUGUGUGUGUCUCCUACUAUCAACCAUAGACUUCAGGAUACCUGGACUAACAGGCUUGAUUUUAACCCAGAUCGCUUUCUCCAAGAUAAUCCAGCAGCCCUGCAGAAGUUUGCAUUUGUACCUUUUGGUGCAGGGCGCCAUCGUUGUAUUGGGGAAAACUUUGCAUUUGUACAGAUCAAGACUAUCUGGUCCACUUUAAUUCGAUUGUAUGAAUUUGAUCUUGUUGAUGGAUAUUUUCCAACAAUAAAUUACACAACUAUGAUACAUACCCCUAAUAAUCCAGUAAUCAACUACAAGAGGCGAAUACAAUGAGAACUGGAUUAAUAAAAGUAAUUUUUGUUGUAUUCAAUUACUCAUUUAGGUUUUGCCCCUAAGAUUUAUUUCACUGAUCUGUUAUAGGUACACAACUGGAAUGUAAAUGAAAUAAUUUAGUACUGAUUAUUUAUAAUAUGUAAGAUGGUACUGUACACCUAUUAAUUUCAUUUUUAGAAUUUUAAAACCCAACUGGUGAGAGACUUUCCCAGCUUGUUUCUUAAGUUCCUUACGCUAGGAUUCUGAAUCUUGUUUCUAUUAAACAAAAUCAAAUCUCAUUAGACUUCAAAACAAUGUCAGGUCUUUUAGUAAAUUACAUGCUUUACUGGUUUACUCAUAAAUUUAAAAAAUGAACGUGGGUGCUGUUUUGGCAGUGAUUAAUCAUCAGACAUUAAGCAGCUGAUUCAGGCCACUUGUAUUUUAUUGAUUUCAUGAAGUAUAAUUAUGCCCCAUCUUCAAAUAUGAAAUUUUAUGUUGAUAUAAUUUGACAUUUUAAUUUCCCUUGUGACAAUUAUUUUUAAAUAAGUACAUUGAGAAAAUGUAAUAAUUUAAUUUUUAUUGUGGUUUUCUUAUAUGGAAAGUGUGGGAACAGGGUUCUAGCAUGAAUAUUAGAAUAGGAAUUUGAUAUUCAUUUCAUUAUAAUUAUUGAAUGAUAGAAUUUGGACAAAGUUUGGUAUUUCUGAAAGGCUAUAUACCAUGUUGAAAGUUUGAGUCAUAUUUUCCCAACCUCAAGUUGCAGUCACAAUUUAUAACUUCAGCUGUCUCGUUUAUUGUAAUGUUGGAUAAAAUAAACAGUUGUCUAAUGUGCCAGA